CCUGGCGCGCGGGUCUCGGGAAGGCCGGAACCCGGAGCGCGGGGCCGCACGCUCCCGAGGGGGAGAGAAAUCGGAGAGGACAGGGUGGGGGCGGCUCGGCCAAUGGAAGUUCGCGGCGGGCGCAGGCGCGGAGGGCAGCAGUGGCGGCGUAGUGGGCGCUGAGUGGACCCCGGCCCCUUUCCGUGGGGGAGGUGACAGGUCUGUCAUCAGUGUAGAAGAGGAGCCGAACAGCGAGCUAAUGAAUGCAGACAUAUGUAUCCAUGCAUGGCCCUGUUCCUAUUAUUUAGACACUGAGAAACGAUGGGUCUCUGGCAGACUCUCACUGACUCCUAUUGCGGUCAGGUUUACAGCUGACAAGACCAGAGAGCUUCUGGUCAGCUUCCAUCUUUCCAGCAUCAGUGAGAUCAAGAAGGAGUCCUCCAGUUUAAUAUUCAGCUCCCUCACAAUUCUGGAGAAGACCACCAAGCACUGGUUCAGUUCCCUCCAGCCCAAUAGAAACGUGGUCUUCAACAUCCUCGAGCACUUCUGGAGGGAGCAGCUGCUGUCGUGCCCAGGGGCUGGCGCUCAGGCAGAUUCUCUGCCAAUGACGAAAGGGAAAGAACUGACUGGUUUACUGGCUGCAUCCCAGAAACGUAUGGAGGAUACAACAAAGGUGCUCCACUAUCAGGGUGAACAGUUCGAUAACAUCAUGAAAGGACUGAACAAGAUUGACUCUGAAAUGGAUGUGGCAGACAGGUUGUUGACGGAACUUGAAUCGCCUUCUUGGUGGCCAUUCCGUGGCAAACUCUGGAAAGGGCCAUUGGAAGCAAAGCCGAAGGAAGAAGCCACGAUUUCAGGGUCAAAGAACCAGGAAGGAGUAAUAAUCAGAAUUCCAGUUAUCAUCACCCACGGAACGAAUUCUAAUGUCAUGCCAGGAAAAUUCACACUUCUGGUUUCUGGCCUGGAAAUCAGUGACUCCAAUUCUCAGGUCAUUCACCGGUUCGAAGUGAAAGACGUAGAUGAUAUCAAAGUUCAUACGCCAUACGAGGUCAGCAUCCGUCAGAGGUUUAUUGGGAAGCCAGACACCUCUUACAGGCUGUUGUCAGCAAAGAUGCCAGAAGCAAUCCCCGUCUUGGAGAUGCAGUUUAGCAAGAAAAUACAGUUUUUGGAAGAUGCAUUGGGAUUUUUCGGUGCGAGGAAAUCUCCUCAGGCAGAUCUGGGCAAUUCCAUUUGGCAAGCAGCCACUGGACGCAUAGCACGCGUGGUGCAACCUGGAACCUCGUCGGGAGAAGGCGGAGGCGGGCAGGCUCAGCUGCAAAAGCAAAAACAAAUUGUGUCUGAGUCCGAAACUCAGGAACUUAAACAGAUACUGAAGAAACUUAAGAGCCUCGCCUUAGAAACAGACACAGAACUGGAGAGACAGGACGAAGUUCUUGAUGUCAUCACCACCUCUGUAGACCGGGCGACGUUGAAUAUUGACAAACAGAACCGCAGAAUGAAGAAGCUAACGUAGCACCAAUACGAGCCAGCGAGGAUGGUAACGAGAGGGAUUGUGCAAUUUUUUCUUUAACAAACUAUUUAUAGACUUUCUGAUUGUACAGGAGCCAUCUCUAAUACUGUCUUGAAUGUUGCUUGGACCUUUGGCGGGGAUUGUGGGGGAAGGAAUGUGGAAACAUUUCCAGACUGGGAUAACUUUUAAAGGCAUUUUAAAAUUAAAAAGGCCUAAACUGUUAAUUGUGGGGAGACAAUGACUGCGAAAUCCCUGCUACAGAAGAUCCUUAGAUAUAAAAUACUGUGACGUCAUCUGAGUUGACGUCCAUGCCACAUGCUAAGUUACUGCUUUUGAAAAGUAACUUUUCUGUAACAAGUGAAGAUGAGGGGGCAAUGAAUUGUGUCUUUAUACCAGAUAAUUAUACCCCCAAAUUGUUGCAAGUUCUCUCCAAAAACGGAGGUAGAGUAGAAGUUGGCCAAUUCACACUAAGCACCAGACGUCCCACUACAAGUUGCUGAAUUUUACUAAUUAGUGAUUGAGUGAACAUGCCUAACUGUUAACGAUAAAAGAACUUUGUUCACUUACUGUACAAAUGUAGUUUUAAGAUUCCUAUCACAGUGUACUAGUAAAGGUUUUAUGUAAUGAAGUCUUAGCAAUACAACAGCUUGCCACAGCUUUUGGCUGUGAAAUCUUUGGCAAGCAAGUGGAGACAGACAGUGUGUCUGUGAAUUAGUGAGAUUUGCACUUGGUGAGGAGUGCAGUUGAGUGUUGCCACAGGCUAAGUGUCCUGCUACUUAAGUAGUUUACUGAAAAUAAGUGUCAAAGCAAAGCGGAGACUUUCAUUCUCCAAAAGGGAAUUCUUGAUCCUUUGAUGUUCAAUUGCAGCUGCUUUGUCUUUUAUACUGAAUGACCAGUGGUAGAAAUAAAAGUACAGUAGAGGAUUAGUUGUUCACUGUACUGUCAGUGAGAUGAUUUGGUAGGAUUGCCUAAAGCACACAAGUCUGUUCUGAAAGUACGUGGAGUACCUUGUAUACAUAAAGAGCCUUGCUUAUGUAUAAUGAGAUUUCUGGAAUAAGAUGCUCUCUGGUUGGCUGAAGUCCUUAAAAGGUUUUAGCUCUUCAGAAAUCUGAUGAUGACCUGGCACAGAUUCUCCAUGGUAUGACUGAUAUCAUUUCCGUAACCCUUCCUGGGUGCUGGGAGGCUCAGGUCCAUAAAUUGCUUAGCACUCCUUCAUUUUACGAGGAAUACACUUAUGAUUGGUGUUCCCUCCGCACUGCUCAGAUACAGACUCCAUCAGAGCUGCACAGGGACCAUGUAAACCCUAGUAACUCUACUGCAGACCUAUGGAUUGAGUGUCUCCUGAUCAAUGCUAUAAAUGUUUUGUGUGCCUCUUGGUGUUAAUGGAAACUAACAUGGUAGACAGCCCUCCCGCUUCCAGUUAUUUAAAAGAAAAAUCAUGAGAUGUGUGGGGACAAGACUUCUUCUCAAAGCCAGUCUUACAUGGUUAGUUCAUUGUCUUUCAAAAAUAAAAGAGAGUGGCUGUAAAAAUGUAUCUAAACUAUAUUAUUAUUGUUUUAUCAUCAUUGAUUUUAGUCAUAGUUCACAAUUUGGAUGUAAUUUAUAUCAGUUAAACACGAUUUAAUGUAUACUUUUCUCUCCUACCAUAAAAGCCAUUGCCUAGAAUAGGUUCCAGAUAGCCUGUAGCAGAGAACUUGACAGGGAUUCAUUUCUGCUUACCACGACCCUUUUCGUUUUCUCUACUACAGCCCACUAGUUAUCUUGCUUUAAAGAAAACUGUUGUAACCUUGUCAUUUCAAAGUGUUUUAUAAUAAGCUGAUAGUGAAUUGUCAGCAUGUAACUUUACAGAUAAAAUCUUCUUUAAAUGCUGAAGUUUUGAACUGGGGACCCCACUGAUAACUGCCAUGGGAUUGUUCCAUUUCAGAGUAAUAUGGACUACAAUUGAAGCAGAAUAUGGGAAAUGACCUAGAGAUAAUAGUCUUGAAAACAAUAUAGUGCACAUCUCUCCAAUGUAAUAGCUGGUUAAUUUUUGAGUGUCUUGUAUUUUUGCACUGCAAGUCACUUAUUCACUAUCUGAGCUGUUACUGGCAUGCAUUGGUGUCUUGUUCAGUAUUUCUGAAUGUAGUAAUCUUUAGGCUAUAUGAAAUACAUAAAGAAUGUAUCACACUGUAAAUCAGCACAUCCGGUUUAGUUUGAAAUAUCCCAAGUAACUGUUGUCUUAAUAUGAUGAGAAGACAUGUUUACAAGACGAUUUAUUGUAUGAAACUUGUUUAGAAAUACACUUUGCACAAAAUGCACAUUUUGGUGUGAAGAAAUUUGGACCAGGUGCUGAUUUAGAACUGAUUCCUAACGUUAAUUAAUUCGACUACGGUUGCCAAAAACAAAUAACAUUUGCACUUUACUGGAUUGAGUUUACCAUUCUUUGUGUCAUAACUUAUUGCUAUGCUUUAGCUAUGGCAUUUAAUUCACUACUGUUUGUAUGCGUUAGUUUACCUUGGUCUAACAUGUUCAUGCCAAAAAAAAACAAACCCUAGUAUUAUAAGAAUAAAAAGUUUUAGAUCUGUACAUUUUGUGUCUAGGUGAAUUCCAUCUGCCAGGAAUUCACUUUGAUUCUGUAGCUUGUUCUUUACUUUUAUUAAAAUAAUAUCUUGAAAUAGU